AUGCUGCAGCCGUCUCCCUCAAUCCUCUUCAUACUAGCACACCGCUUGCAGCAACGAUUGGCUUGCAAGACCAUCCUCGUUCGCACGCCUGGCUCGCCGUCAACACUCCUUGCUCUCUUCCGGAAGGUGCAAGCAGGUGCAGGCGCACUCGACACCUCCUCCGCCAAUCCGCUCGCUACCCACUGCCGUGAUCUGCGUGCUGCGAUUUUGCGUGCCACCAUGUCGUCUGCAACACGACUUCCCACGGCCUUCAGCACCGCCCAUCGACAGUACGUCAUGAGCCUCUACCGCCGAUACCUGCGCACCUCACUUGACUGGUGCAUCAGGCGGGAUGUUUGGAGGAACAGGGCAAUCGAGAUCCGCGCUGAAUUUGAGCGUAACCGGAAUAUCAGGAACCCGAGGGAGUUGGCGAGGGUACUACAAGAGGCCGAGGAGAACCUCAAGCGUAUCAGUCACCCUGACCCAUACAGACCGGCCAUGUUCGAAGAUGGCACCAAGUGGUGCGUCUCUCUUCAGUUGGCGAAAUGGCUUUCCGAAGUAUUGAUCUUUCUGACGCUCUAUACGCUUCCACUUAUUGGAUCUUUGUCGCUGCGAUCGAUAAUGCUUCUAGGGAGAGGAACCUGCCAGUGCGUUCACACGCUCACCUUUCGCUGCCUGAUAAAGCUUCGAGUUGUGCGUCGAUGCUAA